ACCGUACAAAAUACUUUAAAAAGUUAAUGAUGACAUUGGCAAGCUGUGUCUUAGAUUCACAUGAAAUAUGUUUUCUUUUCUGAAAUUCCUUUAUGAAACUUCAUGAGUUCGAGAGUGGAGUUUUGAAGUGGUUGUCAGGGGCAAUCCUGUCACUGUAAUAUCAAGUAAUAAACAUUGUAUGAGAUUAUUUGAUGGUGGCCUAUUGCUCUCCAGCUGCCUCAAACAACGUUAUCAUUAGUUUUGUUUUCUUUUCAAAAUUCACCGAGUUCUAUGAUAUAUAAUCAAUUCCAUGUCUGGUGUUUGGAAUUGUGUGGGGAAGGCGGGGAUUUAGAUUGAUUUCUCCUUGGUGGUAAAGGAAAAAUGGAGAAAAUAACAGUGAAGUUUAUGUAAGGGGGGUUUAGAUUGAUUUCUCCAUUGUGGUAGAACAUGAAAUGGAGUGAAUAGUUAAGAUUUUCCUGGUUCAGACUUUUUGAAUAGUGGGUGCAGAUUUUUAAUGUUUUGGAUUGUUUGCAGAGCAAAACUUUCCAAGGCUUUUGAUAUUUUCAUAUGUUUAUGGAUUGGUAAGUAUGUUCGGGAAGACCCUCUAAGGAAAUAUUGACGUGUAGGUGUGUAUUCUUAGGAUAAAGGAAAUGUCUGGUGUUUGGGUAUGUUCUCAAUGCACCGGAAGUUCAGUUCAUAUCGUAUUGGGUCAGGGGUAGUAGGAUCCUCUGUUCUGGGUGUUGGGUAUGAUUUUUUUGGGUUCAAAUCCAAUUUAAAUUUCUUGUUAAGUUCAUCUAUUUCUUUGAUUUUGAGUUGGUAAGUCUCAGGCGCCAAGGCCUAUUGCUGGGUUUCUCUGUACUUCCCAAAGAGUGCAGUCUGGUACGUGGAAGAUUUUAAUAAUUUUUAGCCCAGGAUACUGAGGACUCAAAUAGUUACCCAUGUUUAUUAGGAUGCCCAAAAUUUCAGAAUUAGCAAUUUGAGUUUAAGAUAAAUAGUCUAUUCACUAGAAGGGGUGAAGGGUGUGCAGAAACUAUAGUUUCUCUGAGUAGUAAUCAUUAACGGGUUAAUGCUCAUAUGAGGUUCUUUUGACAAAGAAAGAACUUUGCCUAAUCUCGUCUUUGUAAGAUGGAGUUCUGUAGCAAGCUGCCAGUUUUUGAGCAUUGGAAUCUGCUGUUUUUCUGGUUGAUUGUUGCAAUCAAGUCUAUCUUUCUUGCAACCGCAGCAAGUGGAAUUGGAGAUCGAGAAGGUUUUCUAAGUUUACAAUGUGGAGCAAAUGAAAAUCAGACAGAUGCUUAUAAUAUUUCAUGGAUUCCAGAUGAUCCAUAUAUAACUACUGGUAACAAAUCAACUGUAACCUUCCCCAGUGGGAACUCUACGGUUAAAACUAGUUUGCGCUUUUUCCCCAAUUCAGGGGAUAGGAUUUGUUACAGCAUGUCAGCCCAGAAUAGCAGACCUAUUCUUGUUCGAAGCACAUUUAUUUACAAGAACUAUGAUGGUUUCAAAAAUCCUCCUUCAUUCAAGGUGUUUUUAGGGAGAACGAAGCCAACCCAAGUGAACCUCUCAGUGUCUGAUCCCUGGGUGGAAGAGUUCAUAACUGCAGAAAAUGGGGACACAUUAUCACUUUGCUUAAUUGCUACUGAAGGAGGUGGAGCACCCUUAAUAUCUUCCUUGGAAUUUCGCCCACUUCCUGCAAAUGCUUAUAGCAAUGGAACAGGACCAAAUUCCAACAAAAUGCUCCGAAAGAUGUUCAGAAUCAACUGUGGGUACACUACCAAAAUGCUACGGUACCCUGCUGAUUCUUAUGACCGCAUCUGGGAUGUUGAUCAAAACUUUGCACCACGUCACCUCUCCAAGGGGUUUGAUAUACCAGUAAAUAUAAAUAGUUCUGGGAUUCCAGAGAGCCCUCCAGAUGCUGUGCUUCAAUCAGCAAGAAUAUUGGUUCGAACACAAAAUUUAUUCUACAAUUUCCAUCUCAGUGAGAAAGCAAAUUACUUUGUAAUUGCCUAUUUUACCAAGAUUGUAGCUGUGUACUCUACAUUCGAUGUACUGCUAAAUGGAGAUAUCAUAAAAUCUAAUUUCACUCUUCAAAGAGGCGAGGCAGGCAGAGUUUUAAAUUCUACUCAUGAUAGCACAACGGAGAUAAAUAUCACUAUCCACAAUGUCAGCUUCCAUCCACAAAUCAAUGCUCUAGAAGUAUACCAGAUAGCUGACAUUCCCUUAGGAAGUUCACAGAGUCAAGUGUCUGCUCUUAAGGCUAUUCAACAAGUUUAUAAUUUCAACUUAGGGUGGGAAGAUGAUCCAUGUUCUCCAUUUCCAUGGAAAGGUGUUGAAUGUGAUGAAGCAAAUGAAGUCAUCUCUUUGGACCUUUCAAACAUGAAUCUGGAGGGACCAAUUUCUGUUGCAUUUGGAGACCUUUUAGACCUUCAAAAAUUGGACUUGCAUAACAACUCGCUCACUGGACAGAUCCAAAACUUUGGUGGUUUAUCUAAACUUCAAACAUUGAAUCUCAGCUUCAACAGACUAAAUGCAGAGAUACCAGACCUAAGUACAUUAACGAGCCUGCAAGAUCUGGACAUAAAGAAUAACAGUUUUCAUGGGACAGUUCCAGAGAGCCUAGGAAGUCUGACAAACCUCCGCUUAUUAAACCUGGAAAACAAUCAACUUUCUGGAAUCUUGCCGAGCUCUUUGAAUAAGUCCACAUUAAGCUUGAGAACAUCAGGGAAUCUAUGCCUUAAAUUCCUUGGUGCAGAAUGCUCUCCUGGACCACCUCCAAUUCAAACUCCAGAAGUUACAGAACCCCAUAUUCCUAAGAAUAAAAACCACAUCAAGGCUAUAAUUGCAGGUGUUGUUGGAGGAGUAGCAUGCCUGCUCAUAGUUGGUGUAGCUCUACUGGUUUUUUACAUUAGAAGACAAAAAUCAGAUGAUGGCAGCUCCAUAUCAAGAGCUGAUAUGAGAAAUUGGAAUACAGCAAAAAGAUUUUCCUUCAAGGAAAUAAAAGUAGCAACAAAUAGUUUUAAGGAUACAAUAGGCCGAGGAAGCUUUGGGUCUGUUUAUCUUGGGAAACUCCCUGAUGGGAAACGUGUAGCUGUCAAAGUCCGCUUCGAUCCAUCCCAAUUAGCUGCUGAUUCUUUCAUUAAUGAGGUAUUUUUGCUCUCUCAAGUUCAUCAUCAAAACCUUGUUACAUUGGAAGGAUUUUGUCAAGAGUCAAAGCACCAAAUUUUGGUCUAUGAGUAUUUACCUGGAGGGGCAUUGACAGAUCACCUUUAUGGUUCUAGAGGCAAAAGGAAACCACUGGACUGGAAAACACGAUUAAAAAUUGCUGUAGAUGCUGCAACAGGUCUAGAGUAUCUUCACAAUGGAAGUGAUCCCAGAAUCAUCCAUCGAGAUGUUAAGUGUAGCAACAUUCUUCUAGAUUCUGACAUAAAUGCCAAAGUAUGUGAUUUUGGACUCUCUAAGCAGAUGGUUCAAGCUGAUGCAACUCAUGUUACAACUGUUGUUAAGGGAACUGCUGGAUAUCUUGACCCUGAGUAUUACUCAACACAACAACUAACUGAAAAAAGUGAUGUAUAUAGUUUUGGAGUGGUACUUUUGGAGUUAAUAUGUGGACGUGAACCUCUCAGUCAUUCAGGCUCCCCAGAUACGUAUAAUCUAGUUUUAUGGGCAAAACCCCACUUACAAGCUGAAAACUACGAUGUUGUAGAUCCGAGCUUGGAAAACAAUUACAAGAUAGAAAGCUUGAAGAGAGUUGCCCGUGUUGCUGCACAGUGUGUGGAGAGAGAUGCUUCACAGAGACCAACAAUGGCAGAAGUACUGUCUGAACUCAAGGAGGCCCUGGUUAUUGAACAAACUCAAACGGAAGUGAAUGAAGAAUUAGUAUGACUAACUGAUAUUGGUAAAGCCCAUUACUGAUUUGAGAUCAUUCAUUGUUAGCACAGUUUUUUCCUCAUAAGACUUGUUCCUAGGUUCACUGGGUAAGGAAACCCAUUUUGUCCUUACCCAUUUUGUCUUCAAGAUUUUUGGUGAUUUUCAUGUUUAUAAAUUCAAAGAUACAAGAGGUAACAUUGUUAAAGUCCAGAUUCUAUUUUAGAAGUUUUUAAUUGUAUAAGCUAAGAAUGGAUCAAAGGUGUAAUUCAAAGUAUACUUAAAUUUUUUUAUGUAAAGCUACCUUUGAAGUGCCAA